UCAGUUGCGCAAUCGAAAUCAGAAACGGGGAAAUCUGAUAAAAUUAUUAGUGAGUAGUGUUAUCAACUCCGGUCAAUAGAAAACAACAAACCAAAUCAACAUGACAAAGACAUCAUUACAUAGAUUGUCACCAUCAGCAUAUCGAGCACUUUUGUCAUCUUCUACUCCGAAGGAAAGAGUGGUGCCAAUUGAUGCAACAUGGUAUAUGCCUAAUAAUCCGAAGAAUGCCAAACAAGAAUUCUUGAAAGAAGCUAGACUUAAGAAUGCAGCAUUUUUUGAUCUUGAUGCUAUAAGUUUACCAAACUCUCCAUAUCCCCAUAUGUUACCUACUUACAGUAUUUUCAAUAAAGCUGUUCAAGAUUUGGGGAUAGAGAAAAAUGACAAAUUAGUAGUAUAUGAUAAAUCUGGAAUAUUCUCGAGUCCUAGAGCAGCAUGGACUUUUUCAUUGUUCGGACAUCCAAAAGUUUAUUUAUUAGAUAAUUAUCAAUACUAUCAACAGUUUAGAUAUCCUGUUCAACAAACUCCGGUGAGCAGUUUUGCUACUCCUUUAAAAUCAACAAGUGAUACAACAGGAACUUACGCUCCAAUCACCGAAGCGGAAUUCAAUCAAAACUAUAGAGAUCAAGUUAUUGAGUACGAGGAGUUAUUAGAAUUGGUCAAGAAUGAUCAAUUGAGUAAAGAUUACUAUACAUUCGAUGCUCGUCCUAAUGAUAGAUUCACCGGAAAGGCUCCAGAGCCAAGACCCGGAUUAAGCUCCGGUCAUAUUCCUUCGGCAUUAUCCCUUCCUUUCAGUAAGGUUAUCAAUGCUACCAAUAAAACUUACAACGUGCAAUUCGAAUUAUUAAAAAUCUUCAAUGAAGAUUUUGGUUUAGAUCUUUCUAAUACAAACUUUUUGGAUGGUAAGAAAGGAAUCAUUGUAAUGUGUGGUUCUGGUGUCACUGCUGUUAUUUUAAAAGUUGCUAUUCAAAAUGUUAUUGGAUUGGAUGUUCCUAUUCGGGUUUACGAUGGUAGUUGGACUGAAUGGGCAAGCAGGGCUCCAAAGGAGUUAAUUCAUAAAGAUUUUUAGAUAUUAAUUUCUAGUUACAUUUAUUAGAUAAAUAAUACGAGCUGU